AAUAUGGACCAAGUUUAAAAUUAUGUUUCUAAUUUGCAAAUAAGAAUUUUACACUAGGAACAAUAUGUAUGAUAGGAAUAUAGAUGGUAUAUAUAAUAUUAUAUAUGAGUAGUUAAAUAUAUUGGAGAAAAUGCAUAGUCAAUUUAUUGUACAUCAUAAUUUGAAGCCUAAGAAAAUAUUGACAAUACCAGGAAAAAAUGAAUUUGUUUUAAUUGAUUUCUAA